AUGCCGUUAAAUCAAAGAUGUAAUGUGAAGAGUCUUCAGAGACGCUGCGUCUGUGUUUCGCGUCUGGAGCGGCCGCAGAACUGGGGUGUGAACUGCUGCGAGGUUCGCUAUGUUAUCCUCAUCCUGGCACCGCCUCGCACAAAAAGCACAAAGACCGCCAUAGAGCUCAGCCGCACGUUUGCCACCUUGUUCUCAGACAUCUCAUUUAGACAGAAACUCCUGGAAACGAAGACCCAGGAGGACUUCAAGCAGGAGCUGGUGAUUCAAAGGCAGCGGCUCUCCACUGCCAUCCAGAAGCCCUCGCUGGAGGAAGAGACCGACCCACACAGCAACAAACCACUCAAGGUAAAAGAUUUCCUCCGAGCAGGUCGUGGCAUUUAUGAAGACCUGUGCCGCAGGCUUCCGUUGUACCUGUCGGACUUCACAGAUGGGAUUCUGGACGCUAACAGAUCUUUGCUGAAGUACACCACCACAGCCAUCUUCCUCUACAUCGCCAUCCUGCUGCCGGCCAUUGCGUUCGGCUCUCUGAAUGACGAGAGCACGCGAGGAGAGAUAGGUCUUUCCACAGAAGAAGUGAUAGCUUUGUUCAUCUCCAUUGCCUUUGUGGGCGACGCUUUGAAAGGCACCAUAAAGAUAUUUCAUAAAUAUUAUCAUGGCCUUACACUAGUCAACGGAAGCACAGAGGAACUGCAUGGUCUGGGUGUGAUACUUCAUCAGGGAGUGAACGGAACAGAGAAUGGAGGCAUCUCACUCCCUGCAACAAUGGUUCUGUGCACCAGGGAGCGCCCUAUUCUCUGCCUGCUGCUGAUGCUGGGAACACUGUGGCUGGGCUAUGCCCUCUUCCUCAUCAAGAGAAGAUCCACAGUUCCAGUAUUCAACUACCAGAAUGAAGCCCUAUUCAGAGUAGCAGCUUUUGACCAGCUGACAGGGAUGAAUGUAUUAAGUGCAUGCGGUCUUGGCUUUCUCCUUGCCUUGCUCAUCUUCAUUGACCAGAAUAUUGUGGUGUCCCUCACCAAUGCCCCAGAGAACAGACUGCUAAAGGGAACGGCGUACCACUGGGACCUGAUGCUCUCUGGGUUUAUCAACAUCCUGAUGUCAGUGCUGGGGUUGCCAUGGAUGCACGCCGCUUUCCCACACUCCACGCUGCAUGUGCGUCAGCUGGCGCACGUGGAACAGCGAGUAGAGGGGGGCCACCUCUAUGAAACGAUAGUCAGCGUGAAGGAGACCAGACUUACCUCGCUGGCUGCAAACAUCCUGAUUGGUUUGUCAGUGUUUUUGCUGCCGGUGCCUCUGCAGUGGAUACCGAAACCCGUUCUCUACGGCCUCUUCCUGUACAUCGCUCUCACGUCUAUUGAUGGAAACCAGAUGUGUGACCGAAUGGCCCUUCUGCUUAAAGAACAAACGUCGUAUCCACCCACUCACUACAUCCGCAGAGUGCCGCAGAGGAAGGUGCAUUAUUUCACAGGCCUGCAGAUUGUUCAGUUGAUCAUCCUGUGUGCAUUUGGGAUGUACCCUCUGCCCUAUAUGAAGAUGAUCUUCCCUUUACUCAUGAUCAUGCUCAUUCCAAUAAGGUAUGCCAUAGUUUUUAUAUCAGAGCAUCACUACGAUUAUAGAAAAAUAGUUUGUGUUGCAGCACAAUGA